CUGAGCAUUGCUCGUUAAAUUUUUGAGACGAGGCUCUCCUACUUUGUUGUCAUUAGUAUUUCAUUGAAGUGUUGAGAUGGAUGAAAUCUCAGUACAGGUUAAGUGCAAGUUUCUUUGGCGUACUAUCGUAUUUGCUGUGGUGUUUCUGUCUUGUGCAACUUGUGGUGUCGUGUUACAGGAGUCAGCCGAUGCUGAUGAAAACAAUGAUGUUUUGAAUGAAAAAGUUUUGGAUGAAACUAUGGAAGUAGAAAACGAAGUUCUAAACGAAGUCAAACUGAAAGCCCUGCCAAAAAAGAGAAAGACGCCUGGCAGACGGAAGAAAGUUUCAAAUAAGAGAAAAGCAUCAAGAAGAGCACCUGUUGGUUGUGGUGACGUUACUGUUGAUGCAGUUGAAGACACAGUUGAUGCCAGUGAUACUUUUGACACAUUUGAAGAAAGUGAUGAUACACUUCCUUCAUAUGAAUCAGCUGAUGAUUCCUGUGACCGUAGUGACACUGUCAGCAGUGUGCAAAGCUGGAGCACACUGACAGCCUCAUUAUCUAGUGUUGUGGAAUAUCAGAAUGGUUGUUCUGAAGAAGAAUCAUUGACGGUGUCUUCUGAAUCUAGUGUGAUGUCAUCCAGUGAAUUAGAAACCAAAACAGAAAGUGAAGACGAGGAAAACAACUCAGGAGGAAUAAUAGUGGGCCAGAAGCUGCACCAUCCCUUUUUUAAAAACAGAAAAAAGAGGAGGCGGGAAAGGGCUGAGACCCGGAGAAGAAAGAUUUUUAAACGAGCCAAAGUGCAAGAGGGUGUUCGAUUAGUAAAGGCUCCAAAAAUGAAACCCAGAGGCAAGAAAACUCAUGGAUGUUUGAGGGAGUACGUCUCAAAUUUCUUCGAACACCAGAAUAGAAGUUAUUCUUUCCCAGAAGAUUCAGACGAAUCCUUUCCAAUGUCCAUGCCUUCUCAUGAGGGAGCGCACUUUCUUGUCACGGAUCAUGAUGCAGAUCCAACCAUGAUUCCUCCAUUUGAUGAAGUAAAGGAAAGCCCAGAAAGCAUAAUUGUGAAACAGGAAAUCCUUGAGGCUCUCAAAUUAGACAAACUCUGGAAUACUGACAUACAAGAAGGAAUUAAAAUAAUGAAAAUGACUUUGGACAUGAAAGUUGAAAGAGCUAUUGUGUACAACAACCACACAAAGUCAAUUGAAGUGCUGAUUCAUGAUCAACCACUGCCAAAUGAUCACCCGCUUUGGCAGUUGGCUGUGAUUGAUGAUGUAAACUCACCGAGCAGCAUCGCAGCUUGCCUAAGUAAAUUGGCUCACCAUAUUAUUAAUUGGGAGAUAUGCCAUGGAUGCCCCAAUCAAGAAUAUGCAUAUCUAUGGAAAGAUGGAGUCAAAGGAAAAAUUGAUCGAGUAUCAGAUUUGCCAUGUUUCCGCUCCAGCAACUGUUCAAUUUUACUCUUCCGUCCAGAAAGCUGCCCUCAAUGCAAAUAUCAGACUACAGACUUCAAGAGGAAGUACAAUCGGCAACAUAAAACACAAGAUCAUAAAAAGGAUAAAAGGAAGAUUAACCAUAGAUUCAUGACUACUGAAGAAAUAUCUGGCAAGACUAAAGCAUACUACAAUAGAAUUAAAAGAGAGAAAGAGAGAAACCAAAGAUUAAAAAAUUACAUUGAAGCUACAAUCAAUAGCAUCCAGGAGCCGAUAGAAAAGGAAACAAGCGAUGACUUGGUAGUUUUAUUGCAAGAGGUGCUACCUAAAAUGUCCGAUUUACAGAAAUUAUUUUGGGAGGAACAAUUAAAAGCCAUCAAGAUGCAGGACAAUCCUCGCGCUAUUCACUGGCAUCCCAUGAUGAUUAAAAUGGCGUUGGCCCUACAAGCCAAUGGGCCACGCUAUUUUGUAGACAUUGGCUGUAUUAGUCUCCCUUCCAAAAGGAGACUGUACGACUACAGUCACUUUGUAGAUGCAGAGGAAGGCUGCCAGCCCGAAAUUAUACUGAAUAUCAAGAAAAAAAUUGAAAAUUUGAAUUUGACCAAUGAACAUUACGUAAAUUUGCUUUUUGAUGAAAUUAACAUUCGGGGGAAUGUGGUUUAUAAUAAAAAAGGUGAGUUGGUUGGUUUUGUCAAAAUGACAGAGGUUGAAGCAGAGCUGGCUAAAAUGGAAAAAUCACUUGUCAACAUGGACUUUGAACCCCCACUGGCAAAAAAAGUUCUCGCAUUUAUGGUCACAGAAGCUGGCACCAUUCAAUCAAACAUCCGUGAAAUAGUGGCCUUGUAUUCUACUGGAGAUUUGACAGCCGCUCAGCUAUAUGUAAGAGGAUGGGAAGUCAUGCAUGUUUUAGAAGAAGCAGAUAUCAAAGUGUUAACAAUGAUUUUUGAUGGUGCCUCUGUUAAUAGGCGCUUUGUUCACAUGCAUACUUGCUCUGACAGUAUUUCAGAUGUAGUGUAUGUAACAAAGAAUUUAGCUGCUGAUAGUGAGCGUCCACUAUUCUUCAUCCUGGACCCACCACACUUUAUAAAAACAGUCCGGAACUGUUAUUCAAACUCAUACGCUCACAAGGGGACAAGAAAGUUAUGGAAUGCUGGACAAGACAUCAAGUGGCCUAUUCUUCAAAAGCUGUAUGAAGUUACUUCAGCAAACCAGUAUUUAAGCCACAAGUUGACAGCCAGUCAUUUGAAACUAACUGCAUUUAGCAAAAUGAAUGUUAGAUUGGCUGUCCAAGCAAUGAGUGGAUCUGUUGAGGAAUGUCUUUUGAAACUGAAAGAUGAUCCCAGAUUCAAAGACUUUGGUGUCGAGGAGACUGCUAAGUUCAUUGGCACAAUGAACAAGUUUUGGGACUGUGUCAACUCCAGACAAAGAAAAUCAACAGACAUUAAUGUGAAAGAUAAUAAGGAGCCCUUUUUAUCCAAAGAAGACCCAAGACUAGCUUUCCUGACAGGAGAUUUUCUUCAGUAUUUCAAAGAUUGGGAUGAAAGUGUAGAAAACAGAAAAGGAAAGUUUUCAAAGGAAGAAAGAAACAAAAUGAAAAUUGGGCAUCAAACAAUGGAAGCCAUGAAAAUUUCUUGCAAGAGCAUUAAAGCAUGUACUGAAUUUUUAUUGGACAGGGGUGCACCAUUUGUUGAAACUAGAUCUUUCAAUCAAGACCCUAUUGAACAAUAUUUUAGCACAAUGAGAAGAAUGCAAGGUUCUGAUGACAACUUGGAUUUGAAUCAAGCGCUCAAUACCCGCCUAAAUAUAGCUGCCCAACAAGGAGCUGCACUUCCUCGACUCAAGGGCAACACUGAAGUUUUAAAUCGAACUGUUACUAUUGAAAAUGAGCCUCUACCAACAAGAAAACGCAAGGCUGUUCCAUCCACAUCAUCAGCCACAGAGUAGAGGAUUGCGGCAAAUCUUAGCU